AUGCUCAAACGACCUCGGUCAGAGCCGCCACCAACCAAGAUCUGGCCCCUGCCCCUGGUCCUGGCCGCCAUAGAGGCGAAAGACUCUAUAUAUCGGGGGUGGGCAGUGCAGAAGAUCCGUGACUACGCCCAAGCUGGUAAGCAUUAUGCCAAUGCGUGCGCCUUCGCCGAAGAAGUGCAAGGCAGGGAGGAGCAGCGAAACGCCCGAGUCGAUCUCGCCGCUAUCAGUCACAACAUGCCCGAUAACUUUAUCAUCUGA